AUGCGGGGCGGGAGCCCCCCGAAGAAGCGGCCAGGGAGCCCCGUCCCGCAGCCCGCGGGGGCGGCCCCGGGAGGAGGGCGCCCGCUCCCCCCGGGACCUCUCACACGCGGCGCCGGGACUCACCUGCGGGCGCAGAGCCGCCUUUCCCCGGACUGCCGGGACCCCUCUACAAAGAGCGCCUGUGGGGCGAGGCCAUCCAGGAGGAAAAAGCUGCAUUCGCUCAGCCUCACCGCUGAUGCCAGAGCUCGAGGCAGGCUCCCCGCCAUCGAAAGAACCAAAACGUCACAGCAAGUGAAACGCAAGAGGACAACUGAGGCAGGGAAGAGCGUCCCCAGAAUGACCUGUUCCUGGACGUCGUCGGCCCCAACCCGACCCAACGCAGAGAUGGGGCCGCGGGUCGGGGAGCCGGCGGCGCGGACCCUGCCCCUCCCGCCGGGCGCCGGCUGUGCCGCUGGAGCGGCCGCGAGGCCCCACGCGGGGGCUGACCGGGCGGCGGUUACCCGUGGCAGAACACGGCGGCUCCUCCGCGCGGCCCGGCCGUUGGGAGCGGUUCGCGGCCGCCCUAGAGUAGGGCUCGCGGCGACACGGCUACAGGACGCGGGAGCCGAUCCCUCUGUCCUCAGCGCGCCCGGCGUCGCGCAGCAAGGAGCGCCGAGCCCGGCCGCACGGCAAGAUGGCCGCGCCCGCGGGCCGGGCACAAGGCGGGCUGACGCGCCCUGUCCCGAGUCCGGGCGCCCAACCGCGUCUGCUUCCGCUGCCCAGACAGGUCGCUGCCGCCGUCCUCGGAGGGAACGACGCAGGACGGGUAGCCGAGACCAGUCCCGGCCCUCCGCGCUGGGCCCCGCCGUGCGCCAAGAUGGCGGCCGACGCACUUCUGCUCGCACUUCCGGCCCCGCCCGCGUUUGCUCGAUCCCAUGCCUGCUCAAGGACAAUGAGUGCAUCCAGUCCACACAGACUGUCACCCCCAACGGCGAAGACAGUGACAUCAAGAAAAUUAAGAAGGUCUGCACCAUUCCUCUGGGCUGGCACAACUGUCUCAGCCUCUUGAGAAGGCCUGCUGGCACGUCCCAGUGUCAGGAGUGUCCACCUACUGUUCCACAGCCCCCAGGGCAUGCCAUCCCCUCCCCCACCAAACUCAGCUCUAAAGACAGAACCCACGGCUCCUCACCCCUGAACAGUACCUUGUCAGGCCAUUUCUCUGCUUGUCCCUGUGAAGUGGGGGAGGCUCAGCCCCAUUGUAUAGAUGAGAAAACUGAGGCUCCACGAGAGGAAGGAGCAGAUAGAAGCAGGACAGGAGCCCAGGCCAUGAGACUCACAGCUGAGAGCUCUCCUCACUGCACUGGGCAGCCUCAGUAAGACCCCUGAGGCCACCUCUCCACCGUCAAUCCCUUGCAUGCCCCCCCCACAGAGGGUGUCAUGCAAACACUUCCUCUCACAACUGCCCCCUUUAGUCCCCAGCAGCCCUCAGCACGGAAACCCAGCCUUAUACGACCCCAUAGUUGGCCCCACUGGUUUUGCCCUGUUAGAGUCCAGAAGGGGCAGAUGUCUCAGAAGGUCGUGCCCAGCACCAUGGGCCACCCCGUGGGGGUGUGGAGGGAGAGAACAUGAUUUGUGCUGCAGCUUGCCAGACUCGAAUCAGGGGAGCCUGACUCAUUCCCAAGAAAACCAGGGGAAAUCAGAGAAUCCUGCUUGUUGAGAGGGCAGGAGGAGCCCAGUGCCAUCCAGACCAGAAGCUGCAGACUGGCACCCACGGGCAAGUUCAGCCUACCUGUGUGUUCGGGGUUUUUAGUCCACACGGUGUUUUUUCUUUUUAAUUUGCUGUCAGUGCUUUAAAAGCUAAAUAUUCCACAUAAAAAUCUGGGUGUCUGGUUUCUCAGAAAUAGCUAACAUCCAUUAAGCACUUUCUAUGUGCCAGACACUGUUCUAGAGCUUUAUGCAGAUUAACUCAUUCCUAACUAAAAACUCCCUGAGGUUUCAUUGUUAUCUGCAUUUUACAUAUGGGGAAGCUGAGGCGCAGAGAGGCAAAGUGACUUUCCUAGGUCACACAGCUGAGUAUUUGCAGAGUGACAUUUAAAUCCUUAAGAAUUUUAAGAGAAUGAGAAUCAGCUUUCCCUUGUUACACUUAGUUUUAUCUUGCUUGUAGAUACAACCUGUGUGUUGUAACUGGGUUGAGGUUAAUACUGACAAGAGUUUUCUUUCCCUCUAGGCUAACGAUAUCUUUCUUUUUUCAACUAUGAUUUUCCCUGAAGGUACACUGUAAGAAGAUAGAAAAUAUAUUUACUUACAGUGUUUUUUUAUUUUUUAUUUAUUUUCUUUGAGGAAGAUUAGUUCUGACCUAACA